AUGACUCUUAAUUGGGAGAUCCAAGCCCAAAGAGGCAGAGAUAUCUUGAACAAUUCUAUUCCGAAACAAUGGCUUCUCCCCGUCGACAGGCUGCCGCCAGCCUCGCAGAAGAGUGUGAUUGACUUCCCCCGACAAAGCGGGUUGUUGAAUGAGCGCGAGCUCGUUAUCACUGAUAUGUCGGCUACGGCACUGGUGACCGAAAUGGGUAAUGGAACAAUGAGCGCGGAAGAGGUGGUGACUGCGUUCUUGAAGAGGGCCGUGUUGGGCCAUCAACUGCUCAAUUUCGCAACAGAGUUCAUGGCAGACGAGGCAAUCGCUCGCGCCAAAGAGCAUGAUGAGUACUACAGACGUACAGGAAAACUGGUCGGGCCCCUGCACGGUAUACCAAUCAGCGUGAAAGAACACAUAGCAAUGAAAAACCGAACAUGCAACACGGGAUACGUAGCUUGGGUCGAUAAAGUCACCACGGAAGAUGCUCUUCUCCUCCAACUUCUAUCUAAAGCCGGCGCGAUUUUUCACGUUCGGACUAACGAGCCCCAGUCAUUGAUGCAUCUAUGCUGCAGCAACAAUAUCACCGGCACGACAUUGAACCCACUUAAUCUCACUCUCAGUCCAGGCGGGUCCUCCGGAGGCGAAGGUGCCUCAAUGGCCUUCCGGUGCGCACCACUUGGGAUUGGCACUGAUAUCGGCGGAUCAAUUCGCUGCCCCGCAGCGUUUUGCGGUGCGUACGGCUUCCGUCCUUCCUCACUGCGGAACCCUGUAACAGGGCUCAAAGUCGCUGCUUCGGGCCAGGAGACAAUCCGCGGCGUGGUGGGUCCACUGGCUAGUUGUUCAAUUGAGGAUCUAGAGCUAUUCCAGAGAGCUGCAUUGGAGCAGGAGCCUUGGAAUAUUGAGACAUCGCUGAUGCCUGUGGCGUGGAAGACGGUUCUUCCGACACGGGAUAUGACUGUGGCUAUCAUGUGGGAUGAUGGCUGCGUCCGCCCCCAUCCACCUAUUACUCGUGCUCUGAGACACGCCAAGGAGAAGCUGGUAGCGGCUGGUGUGAAUGUCGUAGACUGGGAACCGUAUAAGCACCAGCAUGGCUGGGAAGUUAUUCGCGCUUUAUACUACCCCGAAGCUGGCAGCAAGCAACGCGAAGUUCUCGCCGAAUCAGGUGAGCCGGCACGCCCACUAACUGAUUGGGCUCUCUCCUAUAGCCGAAGCAUGCCACUUUCGCACCCCGAAGCAUGGGCCCUGCAAGAGCAGCGUGAUAUCUACAGAGAUGAAUAUCAUGCUCUCUUCAAUCGUCGCGGUGUUGACUUUAUUCUGUCCCCGACAUAUCCCGCUGCCGCGGCAGUGAUGGGCGAGUCGCAGUAUUGGAAUUAUACUGCGAUUUGGAACUUAGUUGACCUACCUUCCGUAGUAUUCCCAUCUGGAAUCUUCGUGGAUCCCAAGGUAGACAUGUUGACGGAGCAAGACAAAGAGUACGUUCACAGGGAUGAGGUUGAUGAGAGAGAGUGGCGUAAGUACCAGGGUCCGGAAAGAUAUGAGGGCGCGUCGGUGGGACUGCAGCUUUCUGGGAAGCGGUUUAAGGACGAGGAGACCCUAGCGGCGGCCAAGGUUAUUGAAGGGAUUGUGAGAGACAAGGAAUACUUGAAGACUUGA